CCGUGUUGGGAGCAUUCGCCAUCACCACUUGGCACCACGCGACUAUAUAAACUCGAGUACAUUCAGUCAGUGGUCGAUAUUAGAAGAACGUCGUAGGUGUUGUGGUCGUGUUUCUAUUAUUUUUAUAACGUAUUUAUCGACUGUUAAACAUCGAUGAGAAUGUCGAGGGAAAUUGUACGCGGUCGCGAAAGGUAUAAGUUGCUUCACCAUAGCAACAAGCAGACGGACAUGGCUGAAAUCGGCGACACUGACGACGAAUUCACGUUCAUAUUCACGUCCGAGAGUGUCGGAGAGGGCCAUCCAGAUAAGAUCUGUGACCAGGUGAGCGAUGCAAUUCUCGACGCGUGUCUGAAGCAGGAGCCGAAUGCGAAGGUGGCGUGCGAGACGGUUUCGAAGACCGGCAUGGUGAUGGUGUUCGGCGAGGUGACGACGACGGCCAAGGUCGACUACGAGAAGGUCAUCCGAAAUACAAUCAAGAAGAUCGGAUACGACCACUCGUCGAAAGGGUCUGAUGUUCGGCUAUGCUACCGAUGAAACUGAGGAGUGCAUGUCUGUCUAUCUGUCCAUCCAUCCAUCUGUCUCUCCAUCUAUCUGUCCAUCCAUCCAUCUGUCUGGUUGUCUCGGCAGGGUCUGAUGUUCGGCUAUGCUACCGAUGAAACUGAGGAGUGCAUGCCCCUCACGAUCGUUCUCGCUCACAAGCUCAACGCCAAGAUCGCCGAGCUACGCCGCAGUGGCGAACUCUGGUGGGCGCGACCAGAUUCUAAGACACAGGUGACGGUGGAGUAUCGCUUCGAGGGCGGCGCGUGCGUGCCGAUACGCGCACACACGCUCGUCGUGUCCUGCCAGCACGACCCCAAGGUCACGAACGAGGAGCUGCGCGCGGACAUCAUGGAGAAGGUCAUCAAGAGCGUCGUGCCGAGCAUGUACCUUGAUAGUCGCACCGUCUGCCACAUCAACCCGUCCGGCAGGUAGGGAGGGUGGGAGGGGNGACGCGGGUCUGACGGGGCGUAA